UUUAAUGUCCAAGACUUUGACAUCGUUAAUUCAUGUCAAUGCUAAAAAAGCAUUAUAUUUUGAUGCUUAUAAUUAUAUAAAUGAUCAAAAAAUUUUAAGAAACGAUAUUCCAGUUUACAAUCCUGCUACACAUGAGAUUUUAUGUCACAUACCUGAUUCUAAAGAAGAUGAUAUUAAAUUAGCAGUGGAAAGUGCCAUAAAGGGUCAAAAAUUUUGGUUUUCGAAAUCUUGUGAUGAGAGGAGAGAUAUUAUGUACAAAACAGGCGAUAUUUUACAAACAAAUUAUGAUAAUAUAGUUUAUGCAGAGGUCAAGGAUAGUGGUAAACCAAUAUGGGAAGCAAAAAUGGAUGUAACAGCUAGUAUAGAUUGCAUUAAAUAUUUUGCGGGACUUGCAAAUACUAAUGCAAUCACUGGUCAAUAUAUAAACAUGGGAGAAAAUUAUGCCUUUGUCAGGCGUGAACCCAUAGGAGUUGUUGCUGCCAUAGGUGUAUGGAAUUUUCCAUUACUUACGGCCACAUGGAAAAGUGGACCAGCCCUGGCCUCUGGCAAUGCCCUUAUAUUCAAACCUUCACCUCUCACCCCUUUAACUUCUCUAAUGCUUGCAGAAGCUUUUACUGAAGCUGGCUUACCUACGGGGUGUUUCAAUGUUGUUCAGGGUGGAGCACAAACCGGAUCUCUGUUAUGCAAACAUCCUAGUAUUGGUAAAAUAAGCUUUACAGGUAGCGCGACAACUGGAUCGGCCAUAGUGAAAAAUAUAUCCGGUGACGGUCUUUUUGUUCCAGCCAAGCGUCUCACCUUGGAACUUGGCGGGAAGUCUCCACUUAUCGUUUUUGGGGAUGCGCCUUUAGAGAUGGCCGUAAAAACGGCGAUGAUGGCCAAUUUCCUUACUCAAGGAGCUACAUGUUCAAAUGGUACCAGGGUUUUCGUUCACGACUCGGUAUACAACAGAUUUAUAGAGUUAUUAGUUGCUAAGAUGAAUCAAAACUUUAUCUCUAAUCCCCAAGGGAUAGGUGAUCCUACAUUAGAUACAACCUUAAUCGGGGCCACUAUAACUUCCGAGCACGCUAAAAAAGUCAUGAGUUAUAUCGAGAAAGGGAAGGAAGAAGGAGCUAAAUUAGUGUUCGGAGGUUACAGAGUUCACCCCCCAGGGCUGACCUCCAAAAAUGGACAUUUUUUGAUGCCAGCUAUAUUUAGUGAAUGUACUGAUGACAUGACGAUAUGCAAGGAAGAAAUUUUUGGGAGUGUGAUGUGCCUACUCAAAUUUAAAGAGGAAGGAGAAGUGAUCGAAAGAGCUAAUAACACAUAUUUCGGAUUAUCCGGCGGCAUAUGUACUAAGGAUAUAAGCUUGGCUCAUAGAGUCAGUUCGGCCAUUCAAUGCGGCACUUUCAAUGUCAAUACUUUCAAUAUGUACCCAGUUCAAAUACCCUUUGGAGGAAUAAAGGGAUCAGGUUAUGGACAUGAGUGUGGACUCCAAUCCAUAGAGCAUUACACUCAAUGGAAGAGUGUUUAUGUGGACGCGACAUCUGCAGAUAAUCCAUCUUCCAUGUUUUGUCCCUAUUUCGAUGGACUUAUUCCUUGAAUAAUUAUAUAAUAAUUAACAAUAUAUUUAUAUAAACAAAUUAAUUCCAAAACAAUUUUUAAUUGUAUUUAUAGCAUUUUUUAUAAUA